AUGUACCUGAACGCUACUGCUGCUGAGCCGGUUGUUGCGACCAACGCGCCCGUCUAUGUCGACGCGGUGCCCGAGCCGAAGCUUGCAUCGGUGAGCCACGUUGCGCUGGACGCGAUCGCCGCCGCUAUCUGGGGCUCGCCCUUCUACGACACCGAGUUCCUCGUGAAGCACAAAGGCAAGGACCAGAGCCUCUUUUUGCACAGCAACGUCGUCAAGGCAUCGUGCCCGGUGUUAUACAAGAAAAUGCAGGCGGGCACGACAAUCGAGCUGGACGCGAUGGAGACGGCGCCACCGCCGGGCAACGCCCGCCGUGCGCCGGCCGCGACGCCGAACCGCCGUCCCGCGCCGGGCCCGGUGUCGCGCACUGCCGCGGACGACGAAGAGGUGCUGCUCGACGACUCGGACGACGAGUUUGAUGAUGCGACGAUCGACGACGCCUCGACCGUGCAGAGCGCCAACUUUGUCCCGGCCGCCCGCACGCCUGCUGCGCGCCCUACGAACGCCAUGCCGCCGCCCGCCGUGCCGCCUAGCAUCAACGAGUCGACAACGAGCCUCGCGACGACGCACUCGAACGGCUCGGCGACGCGCUCGACGAGCAUCUUCUCGCGCCUGAUGAAGAAGAAGAGCGUGCGCAACAACCUCGGCGACUCCUCCUUCUCGUCGCAGCCGAGUGGCGCAGACGCUGGGCGCCUGCGUCGCUACUCGGCGAAUGCCGACGAGAAUGGCCCGAUCAGCGUGCCGAACACGUCGACGGGUGGCGCUUCGAUGUACAAUGCACGUUCGGCUGGUGCGCCUGCCGGUGCGCCUGCCGGUGCGUCCGGUGCGUCCGGUGCGCCUCCUUCGGCGCCUGGCACGCCGCGCUCGGGCGCGCGCCGCAACGGCAACAAGCCGUCGGCGGCGGCCCCCCGCCCCCAGUCGGGUGUGAAGCGUUUCCGUGUGACGGGUGCGACGCCGCGUUCGGUCCAGGCGCUAAUCUUUUAUCUGUACACGAGCCAGGCGCACUUUGUCUCGACGCCCCACCAGUCGCCGCACAGCGAUGCGACGUCGCUGCACGAAGAGGCCAACGAGCUCCUCGGCGACGGCUCCAAGCAGAGCCCCUCGCUCUGGCCGCCGACCUUUUCGAGCAAGGCUGCCUACUGCCUGGGCCACCAGCUCGAGCUGCGUGACCUGUCGAUGCGUGCCUUUGACCACCUGACGCUGAACCUGUCGCCCCGCACCGUCCUUGCCGACCUCCUGUCGCCGUUUGGCGACCGCUUUGCCGAGGUGCAGCGUGCGCAGCUCGACUUUAUUACGAUGCACUGGGAGGAGGUCAAGACGCGCCCCGACUUUGCCCCGACGAUUGAAAACCUCGUGCAUGGCGAGUACCCUAACUCGAGCAAGAGUCUCUUCCACCUCUUCUCCAAGCUGAGCAUCCGUAGCUACUAA